AUGGAGAAGAUUCGAGAAAAGAAAAAGCCCCAAGAACAGAAACAAAGCAAAAACCAAAAAAACCUGCAAGCCAAUAAUAAGGCUCUUGUAUGGGAUUGUGGAAGCACGCUAUAUGACUCCUUUGAGCUUAAAUCUUUUGAGCGUCAGCUUGAUUCGGCAAUCCAUUCAAGAACCUUAUCCAUGCCUCACUUACCUGAUCAUCGAGUACUCCCUACUCCUCCACCACCUAAGAAACCUUCAAAGAUUUCACGAUCACUUAACAAAUUCCUGAAAUCCAUGUUCAAAUCUAAACAAAAUUCCAACCCCAUGUUUCGGGUUCAAGACCGAUUGCACGAUGAAUACUACGUCAUCUACGAUAAGUCCGGAGCUCUUACAACCAUUCCUGAAGUACCUGAGAUUGAUUUUGGAGGGUUUUCACCUGAGAUUAAUUCGUUGGUAAGAAGAACUGCUUCCGACAGGUUUACCGCCACCUCCAUCGGUAUUUCAUGUGCUUAA